UCCUAAAGCCUCACCUGAUGGCUUGAUUACCGAAGCGCAAUGGCUGAUAGGGGUUGCAAGGCCAUGCGCAUGUGGGACUUUUCGGACCUUCCCGAAAAUUCCGCCGGAGAUCUCUUUCGGUUGCUUCCCUUCGAGGGCUAUGAAGGGGUGCUGUCGUUUCUUCCAGUGGACCGGCUAGCCAUAGCUACCCGGGUCUCAAAGGGAUGGCAGUACGCAGUGGGCUGCAGAGCUGAGAAUGAAUAUGACUAUUCCAUCACCUGCAGCACCAAAGACCAGUUUAAGAAUUUCCUGCGAUCGUUUCCGAGAUUGGGUGUCUCCGCAAUCCGCUGCGAUAUCUCGAAAAUGACCGACAUCAAUUCAACCGAGUUUAUUGCCUUUACCGGUUUUACAAAGAAGGAUUUGGGGAUCUCACAUGUGACAUGGAGGUGCGAGCACUUCUAUCAAUAUCACUCCAUCUUUCUUCGCGACCUCUUCCCUUUCCUCAAGUCUUUAAAAAUUGAAUACGUGCAUCAUCCUAUAGACACCGUCAAGGUGUUGCUACCUGAGCUGAGGCGUUUGUCAGUGGUGAACUCAGGCCGCCGAAGUGGAAAGUUAGUGGGUGGCGUUUGCUGGACUGGCCAGGGCUUGCCGCGGCACUUGAAGUCGUUGCAUUUGGAGGGUGUCAAGUUUCUGAUGCACGGAGCCGUGGCUGGAGGCGACAUCUUCUGGACCUUUCUCCAGCAGGUUGAAUUCUCGGAUUUUCUCCUUGACGUUGACCAGCCCUGGUGGGAGAAAUGGGGUACGAGCUUUGAGCGAGGCAUCCUGGACUGGGUCAGAUCUCGGCCCAACCUCCUGCGAUUUCGCAUGAAACGUCUGAAGAGAG